AUUACAAUCCCGCAUCUACGAACCAUUAUCUUCUUUCGCGUCGGACUUUGAAUGAGCAGUAGUCUAGGCCUAUAGGAGUGAACAUUAAGUCGUUGGUAACCCUGAACCGAGUUCAACUUUGUGACUACUCUCCUGCUUACACUUUUUUUUUUUGGUUUUGCUGCUCAGCAACCGAGCAAAUCGACUGCCAAGACAUGUUGGCUACCUCUCGUGUUUCAGCCCUCACCUCACAGGUCGCCAAACAGGCUGUUCGGGUCGCUGGUCAACGUCAAGCUGCCCUUACCGCUGUCAGACGCCGCGGAAAUGUGUCUGUUAGGUCUAUCCAGUCGGUAGCCCAGACUGAUAGGGAUACAAUAACUAGACUUUUAUACUCCAUUGGAACUAAGCGAGAGGUCGAGCGACACCUUCGUAUAUUCUCCUCCUCCUCGCACCCGUCGCAACCUGCCAAGUUCGCCGUCAUCAAGGUCGGAGGAGCUGUGUUGGAUCAAAUAGAUGAACUGGCCCUCAGCCUGAGUUUCUUGUAUCGUGUUGGCCUCUACCCUGUAGUACUCCACGGUGCAGGACCGCAACUGAACGGUAUCAUUGAGUCCGAAGGCGUCAUUCCAGAUUAUAUUGAUGGAAUUCGUGUCACUGAUGCGAAAACCUUGCAGAUCGCCCGUCGAGUGUUCCUCGAACAAAACCUAAAGCUUGUCGGUGCACUCGAGAAGCUAGGCACUCGUGCCCGCCCUAUCACCUCUGGCGUAUUCACUGCCGAUUAUCUUGACAAAGAGAAAUACAGACUUGUUGGAAAUAUCACUCGCGUUGAUAAGCGUCCUAUCGAGGCAUCCAUCAGAGCAGGCGCAUUGCCCAUUCUGACCAGCUUAGCCGAGACACCUGACGGCCAGAUCCUGAAUGUUAACGCUGACAUUGCCGCUGGAGAACUCGCCAAGGAGCUUGAGCCUAUGAAGAUCGUCUUCCUGAAUGAGAAGGGUGGCAUGUUCCACGGCAUUACAGGCGAAAAGUUGGACGUCAUCAAUCUGGACGAGGAGUAUGAACAGCUCAUGAAGGAGCCGUGGGUCAAGUACGGCACAAAGCUCAAGUUGCGUGAAUUCAAGGAGCUCCUUGACCACCUACCCCGCUCCUCGUCUGUUGCUGUCAUCUCUGCCGACAAUUUGCAGAGGGAGCUGUUUACCGACAGCGGUGCUGGUACCCUAAUCCGCCGCGGUUACCGGCUCUUCAAACACAAUAGCAUCGAAAGUCUCGGCGCAGAUCGCUUCCGCCAAGUCAUUCACGAUCGUGAUCCUGAGGUGCAAUCUGGCGUCUCAAGCGUCACUAGCGUCCUCAGCGUCCUCCAAAAGACACCGUACACCAUUUACGGUGACGAACCCCUGGACGUAGUCGCCAUUGUCACACACCCUGAAGGUGAAGUGCCCAUCAUGACGAAGCUUCUCGCCUCUCGCAGCGGAGUUCUCAACAAUGUCGUUGAUAACGUUUUCAACGCUAUCAAGAAAGAUCAUCGCAAGCUCUUCUGGACUGCGAAGCUUCACGCGUGCUGGCAAGAGCUUGUUCUGAUUGUCAAGGAUUUCGAAGCCAAAGACAGGCUUGAAAGGGCAUACUUACCUGUAGGACCGUCUGCUCCCCCUCAACGUGGGUUUUCUGGUGCCACUAGGUCUUAUUCUACCCUUGCUCGUCGUCAAGUGCCUUCCGGUUCUCGGGGGUAUGCAACUGCUGUCACUUCGCAGCCCACAUCUACUGAGCCCAAGCGCCUCGCCUUGAUCGGAGCGCGCGGAUACACAGGACAGGCCCUUGCAAGCCUUCUUUCCGGCCAUCCUUACAUCGAUCUCACACAUGUAUCAUCUCGACAGCUGGCAGGAUACCCUCUGCAGGGAUACACAAAGUCCUCAAUCACGCACAGCAACCUGUCCGUUGAGGACGUUGAGCGUAUGGAAAAGGAUGGGGAGGUUGAUGCGUGGGUCAUGGCGCUCCCCAAUGGCAUCUGCAAGCCAUUUGUUGAUGCAAUUGACCGUGGCGCAAGGGUGCGCAGCUCCGGUGAAUCAAGUGUCAUUGUCGACUUGAGUGCGGACUACCGUUUUGAAUCCGGGUGGAAGUAUGGGUUGCCUGAGCUCUACGGGCGUGAUGACAUCCGAAAGUCGAAGAGAAUAUCCAAUCCUGGAUGCUAUGCCACCUCCACACAACUACUUAUCGCACCAUUGCUGAAGUACGUAAAGAAUUCGUGCGAGCCUAUGGUGUUUGGCAUCUCAGGGUACAGCGGUGCUGGGACUGUCGCAGGCACGAACGACGUAGAUGGCAAGCCGACGACGGUGCCCAAGGUCACACCAGAGAGCCUCGCUGGUGGUUUCCGUCCGUACUCGCUCACAGACCACAUCCACGAGCGUGAAGCUGGCCGUCACCUAACUAGUCUGCUCGCAGAUCCCACCAACCCCAUGAAAGUUGCCUUCAUACCCUCUGUCGCACCUUGGUUCAGCGGUAUCAUUUCGACAUUGUCCGUACCACUUAGUGAGAAGGUUACUGCACGGGAUAUCAAGGCCCUGUAUGAAGAGAAGUAUGGUGGAGAGAAAUUGAUACAUGUCAAAGUGGGCGUUCCAGGUCUGUCAGAUAUUGAGAAUAAGCACGGCUGGAGUGUAGGAGGUUUCCAAGUCCACAGCGAAGGCGAUCGAGCUGUUGUCGUGGGUGGCUUGGACAAUCUUCUCAAGGGCGCCGCAACGCAGUGCUUGCAGAAUUUGAACCUUACUCUCGGUUACGACGAGUAUGACGGGAUACCCAUUGAUUAAACAUAUCAACAGGGUUUGCUCUUGUAUUUCUGCGGCAUUCUUCGGGCAUGUAGAACGUUGCAUGAUCUAGUAAAAACUAUGUAAUAUCAGUGAUUGAAAUCAUUCUGCGCCUUCAGACACAGGUGUUCUAUGUCUGCCGGGGUGCAGCUUAUUAACCGAUAUCUUAUCAACUGCAUCAUUCCCCCAGACGACCAGCGCACGGGCGCGGUGUACGC